UAUUAGAGCCCGCUCUAUAUAGCGCACAGCUGUCAAAUUCAGUGGCUCCAAUAAGCAGAAACAGUCUAAUCACCGCUCACUUGUUUUGUAGACUUUAGAGUUACAAGUCUGUGUGGACGCUGUCAGUGAUUUGCGUUUCUCUUUUUUUAAAAAAAAAAAGUAAUUACCUUAUUAACCUUACAAAAAAAUAAAUAACAAUGUCUGGAGAAGAAGCAGCUGCACAGCAACCGAAAACUGAAGAACAAAAGCAAGAUACUAAGCCGGAUGAAGGCAAGCAGAACGAGCAGCAGCCACCGUCUGCACCAGAAGCUGAGAAGCCCCAGGAUGAAGCUUCAUACAAGUCCUUGGUGCUCUCGGGCUACGGGGGCUACGAUAAGGUGAAGCUGCAGGUGAAAAAAGGAGAGCUAGUCCCGAAAGCCGGGGAAGUGCUGGUUCGGGUGAAAGCGUGUGGCUUGAAUUUUGCUGACCUGAUGGGCAGACAGGGUCUCUACGACAGGCUUCCGUCCCCGCCCGUCACCCCGGGAAUGGAGUGCUCGGGGGUAGUGGAGGCUUUGGGAGAGGGAGUGACCGACAGAAAGCUUGGUGAUAAGGUGAUAGUAAUGAACAGGGCAGGCAUGUGGCAGGAAGUGGUUACCGUGCUAACCAGCCACACCUUCCUGAUGCCUGAAGGCAUGACCUUUGAAGAGGCAGCGGCCAUUCCAGUGAACUACAUCACAGCUUACAUGAUGAUCUUUGACUUUGGAAACCUAAGACCCAACCAAAGCAUACUUAUCCACAUGGCAGCAGGUGGUGUUGGAAUUGCUGCCACCCAGCUGUGCCAGACGGUGAAGGACGUGACCAUUUUCGGAACCUCCUCUGCCUCCAAGCACGAUGCCAUCAAAGAGAAUGGAGUCACCCACACCAUCGACUACAGGACCUUGGAUUAUGUAGAUGAAAUCCGAAAACUUUCUCCCAAAGGAGUUGAUAUUGUGCUGGACCCCCUUGGUGGAUCUGACACCUGUAAGGCCUUUAACCUCCUCAAACCGAUGGGCAAACUCAUUGCAUACGGUGCUGCAAACCUUUUGACUGGGCAGAAGAAGAAUUUGAUGGCCCUGGCUAAGACCUGGUGGAACCAGUUCAGCAUCAAUGCCAUGCAGCUGCUGCAGUCCAACAAGGCGGUGUGUGGGUAUCACCUGGGCUACCUGGACGAGGAGAUGGAACUGGUGGGAGGUGCCCUGUCCAAAAUACUGGACCUCUACAAGCAGGGCAAGAUCAAGCCUAGAGUGGACUCUGUCUGGCCAUUCCAACAGGUGGGUGAUGCGAUGAGACACAUGCAGGAAAGGAAGAACAUUGGAAAGGUCAUUCUUGUUCCUGAGGCUGAGAAAGAGAAGAAGGAGGAGAACUAGGGCAGCCACACAGCCAGCCUCUACAAAAGGUGGUUCAGUUGUGAUCAGUUUCAUUUGCUGAUCUUUGAGGACCUGGAAACAGAUAUGAAUGCUAAAGACCCUCCCCAUAAAUACAUAGGAAGCCACUUUGUACAAUAUAUUGAAUCUGCCCCUGCAUACCUUUUGGUUAGUGUUAUUGUUGUGCAUGGAGAGGUUCAAUCAAGUUGAAUAGAAGCAUUUAACUGAUAUAUACGUUUAGGUCUUGAAGGGCUAUAUAUAUAUUAUAUAUAAAAUCAUAUCACUGGGUAUGUGCUAAUGCAAACAUCAAUGUUCAGAAGGCGUAUGCAUGCCUUGCUGUUUAAUUUAAAAAAUAACUUUAGAAGUAUAACAUUAAAGUGCUAGAAAGAAUGCAAAACAAGCAGACACAGUGAAAGUUCACUGACUUUAUUUGUAAGAGUGCAUUUUAUCCUCACUUUUAAUUGGCAUACUCUCAAUUUCUCAAUGCAUAGUUGUGUGCGCUAAGCCUUUCUUAGAAUUAAUCACUGAAAACAUUUCAAAUGAAAUCUAUUUCCAGUGACCUGGAUAUAUAAUAUCGGAGAAAUGCUGCUGUGUUUUCUGCAAGUGUACUUUGCUACCAGAAGUCUGAAUGUAGUGUGUUGGCUUAGCAACAGUUCAUUGUAACCACAGAAACUGUGUUGCACUUAAUAUCCCUCAUAACACUGAGAUCCUUUUGGAACUCUCGCUCACUCAGUCAGACCCUAGCUGUGUUGGCAGUUGUCGCAAAAAAAGCCAUGGUUCUGCCAAAUAGACUUGUUGAAAAGGAGGAAUUUAUUCGCAAAUACUAAAAAACAGAAAAAUGUACCACAAACAGGUGGCAUUAAUUACUACAUCCUGUAUUUAACACUGAAAAUAUUAUCCAUUUUGUUUUCAUAGUAUUUUUUCAUGCUCCCAGAAAGCUGCUCUCUGCUUUCAGGUCCUUAAUGUUUAGCAAUGGAUUAAAUCUAGUUUUGUGAACCACUAAGAAAAUUGGCAUUGGUGUGUGAGUGUGUAUGUAUGUGUGCUUUACUGUGCAGGGCUCGGACUAUGCAUUCCAGUAAAUCCAUGCAAAGCUGUUCCCUGGUUAUUCCGUCAUUCACAGCUGAUGAAUUGUCUAUUGUUGGUUACAGCUUGGAGCUACAAUUUUAAACAUGAUCUCUGCUAGUAACUUCAGUUAUUCAUGAAUGGCCAUUAUUAAUAAUAAUGGCCCCUGAAAAUAAAUUCAGUAAUCUGGAUUACAAAUGAGUUAAAUGCCUUACAGAAAUGUUGUAUUUCAUAUAUCAAGCUUCUCUCCAGGUUUAAGCAUCCACCUGUUGCUACAUAUAGCCUUUGAAAAUGCUUUGCAUUGAAAAUGCUUUUCCUGCCUGCCUUUUUUAAUGGUAACCAAAUUAGGCUGCGAGUCCGAGCCCUGGUGCUUGUGUUUGGACAGUUUUGUAUUGAUAUUUUCACUUUGCCUGUGAGUCCGAGCCCUGGUGCUUGUGUUUGGACAGUUUUGUAUUGAUAUUUGCACUUCGCUUGCAUCGCUGACCUUGCACUACAGUGUUUUGUACCUGUGGUUUUGCAGAGAAUUUCUUGAUGACGAAGCUAAAAGGAAGGAAGAUAGGGGGGUUCAAAACCAUUUUCAGUAAGUUUUAAGGGUGCCAAAUUGUAUAACGUAAUCCUUGAGUGGAGAGCUUACUUUUAAAUAUCUGCAUUUGUGUGGCUCCUAUGUUUAUGUUCUUGCAGACUUUAAAAAGAGGAUACACAAGUGAGCUUUUCUUCAUGAAAUUUAAGGUCAUGUUCGGUCAGUAUAUGGUGCAUAUGUUUCCCUGGGAAAUAUCAUUUAACCAGUUAACAACAAAUCUUGAUUUUUUUUUUUUUUGUAACAACUCAUGGUAUUUUGCCAAAGAAUUCUGUCCCGUUUACUAUUUUCAUAAAUGAGCAACACAUUUUCACUGAUUUUGCAAAGAAGUAUUAAAUCUGUUCAGAAAAUGAAUUGCGCUACUGAAAGAGAUUGCAAGUCUUGGUCAAGCUCUGGUAAUUUUUAUCCCACAAAAAUAACUAUGGUUCUAGAAUCAGUAGAGUGAUGUGAAUUCAGUUUAUUUUAAAGUCAUUAAGUAGUGCAUUGAGGUUAUUAUACAAAAAGAUCAAACUGCCACUGACCAUGUUUUAUACAGAAUAAUCCCAAAGUUUUGGCUGUAUUCAAUUCUAAUUACAUUCUACAUGGUUUCAAAAUUGCUGAACCUCCUUUUGGUUUUCACCUACAUGUGUGAUGAGUCCAUAUGAUUUAGAAAGACUACCUUAAGUGUUUAACUUAACCACUGUAUUUUGUUAGGAUAACAUCAAUUACAUUUUGAGCUUUUACAGGUAAAAUUUUAACCAUUGUAAGAAUUCAGGUAAUUUUAUGAAAGGUGUAGAAAAGUUUCAGGUUGCUCAACCCUGCGCUACAUCAGUUUAUUUUCAACCACAGUAAAUAGUUUCCAGUGUAUUAAAAUAAUGAGCACCUAUUUUAGUCCCCAAAAUGAAAAUUGUAAAACGUUGAAGAGGCUUGCUAAGUACCGGCUCAAUCCGUGGCAGAUCUUUUUUAUAAGGGAGUAUUGAGAAGCCUUUGAUAUAAAGAAGUCCUUUAUAAGUGCUGCAUUGCUAACAAACCAUUGAGAACAGGUUACUGUGCCUUCUGUUGUUUUUGUACUUCAAGUCAUAGCCUUACUACAGUUGCCCGUUUUGUAAAACUUUGUACUAAAAUUGAUUUAAGAAUUAAAAAAUCCACUGUCUCUUAUUGACUCUAAAACAUUUACUGGUCCACUUUUUUUUUUUUUUUAAACUCCUAAACUGCAUUUAUAUUUCUAUCUGCCUAUUAUCUUCUAUAUGUGUACCCAGUUUAUGGAUUUCAUACCCGGUUUACCACAAUUUGAUGUUUUGGGUUCAUUUGUAUUUCGUCUCUGUUAAUUAAGCUGCUGAAUAAUGUAGCUUGUGUGUUGUGCUAUUAAACACAAGGGCUCAGAUGGCCGUGAUGCUUUACCUGUGGCACCAUGAGUAAUGUGUGCCUCAACACUUGUCUCUGUCACUCAGGAUUCAAGACAUGAACAUGAGUAUGGUUCGAAAAGUGAAUAUUAGUGUGCCCUUGAUUUGCAUUUCUGAAAUUGGGUAUACCAAAACCUACCAAACUGACCUUACUUUUCAAGAUCUACAUCAAGGGACCAAAGAAACAUUCUAGAAACAAAAUACAUAAAUAAAAUUAAGACCUGUGUGCCAACUGACCAGAUUUUUAUAUUGUGUCUUAGAAAUGAAAAUAAAUCCCAUGAAUUUCUAUUUCAAAGGUUUUACAUGCUUCUAAAAGGUGUGGAUCUGUGGUACUAUUUGUAAAACUGGAUUAUGUACACUUAAGUCAUCACCAAGCUUUGUUUAACCUGCAAUGCCUUUUUGUUACUGCAGUAAAUUAAACACACCUCAACUUUAAGGCCAUGAUCUAUUUAUGCAUGGUCUGUUUCCAUCUAGACAUGUGUUAAUCUAUUCUACAGAUCCAAGGUUAAAUUAAGGAUUUUGUGGUUUCUGUUAAGUAUCAAUCCCACAUGCAGUUAGUCGUUGCAGUGCAUAUGUUUCUGUGCAAGCAGACAUGAUAGUGAAAUUUCAAUCCAUUUGAACUUAGCUUUGGAAAGCUUCAGACCUAAUUUUUAGUUUGGUUUGUUUUAUUGUUUAAUAGGCACUUUGAGACCCAAGAGUCUCCAAUUUGUAGCCUUCUUCAAAACAUCUUUUCAUUUGGUAAUGUACUUUCACCUACACUUUUUUUUUUUUACCUCUAAUCUCAAUUCUUUUAUAUCGGAGCUGCCAUAAGGUGAUUACACUGCAUUUGCUGUAGUGCCAGUUGAUUGCAAAGAAUAUGGUCUGUAAUUGGAAAGCCUGGUGAUGGCUGGCUGUUUCUGAUUUUACUAUUAAAUGAAGCGCUAGACAAAACAAAUGAUUUACAGUUCUGUUUCAACAAAACAUAAAGCAACUUGUGAUCUUUUGGUCUAGUUUCUUUUACCUAUCAAGAUAAACGUUGGCUUUCAUGCUGUAAUUUGAACCCUACGAUGUAAUUCAAAGAUUGUCUUUACUUUGUUAACUUUUAGAAAAAUUCUGCUUUCGUGCUUCGUAUCCAGGUUGAACAAAAUUUGUAGCAAUGCUGUUUACAUGAACUAGAACCUGUAAUGCUUUUCUGCCUAAUGUUACCAUAUGCCUUACAUGUUUUCCAGUAUUAAUAAAAAGCAUAAUAAAA